AAAAUAAAAAAUAAAAAUGGAGGGAAUAUCUUGUUCGCAUUAUUCAAGUCGUUGUCUCGAUUUCGCCGUCUUCGAUCGUUCGACCGAAUCGACAGCCGUUUCGUCUCCUAUAUAUAUUCCGUUUCGAGAACUGCCCUCCCUUCUUUCAAUCCAUGGCUGCACUCUCUCCUCCUCCUACUCCAACCCAGCUGGAGGACUCCAAGAAGGAAACAUGGAAGCACACACUCUUACUAUCUUUUCAGAGCCUCGGCGUAGUUUAUGGUCACUUGAGUAUCGGUCCCCUACUUGUUUUUGCGACAGUUUCGGCUCACGAAUUCAAAUCUAUUGAGCGUUUAUAUGGGCUGCUGUCCUUUAUAUUUUGGACUAUGACUUUCAUUGCCUUACUGAAGUAUGUCUUCAUUGUAGUGAGAGCUGAUGAUAAUGGUGAAGGUGGAACAUUUGCUUUGUACUCAUUGUUGUGCAGGCAUGCCAAAGUGGGCCUGCUGCCGAAUCAUCAAGUUGCUGACGAUGAACUUCUGAAUUAUGAGAUGUGCAGCUUUUCUAAGGCCAAAGUGGAUUCGAGAGCUAGAAGAGCAAUUGAAAAGCAUAAAAGCACUCACUAUUUGAUGCUGUUCCUAGCCCUGCUUGGUUCAUGCAUGGUGAUUGCGAAUGGGGUUCUGAUCCCGUCUAUUUCUGUAUUCUCAGCUUCGAGAGGUCUAGAGCAGUCACUAGUAAAUAUUUCUGAUACUGUGUCCUCAAGGCAUCAUUUCUCAAAGCAUCAUGAGGACAAAGUCAAUGGUGAUUUAAACAAAUAUGUCCCAGUUCCUUCUGCAUGUGCCAUAUUGGUGGGCCUCUUCGCGCUGCAGCACUAUGGGACACAUAAAAUUGGUUUUAUGUUCGCACCAAUAGUUGUCUUGUGGCUCCUAUUCAAUGGUGGGAUCGGUCUAUAUAACAUUUUUCAUUGGAACAGCCACAUUAUUCAUGCUAUUUCACCGGAAUACAUGUACAGGUUUAUAAGAAACUUGGACAUGGGAAGCUGGAGGUCAUUAGGGGGUGUUCUUCUAUGUAUAGCAGGAUCGGAGGCUAUGUUUGCAGAUCUUGGACAUUUCUCAAAGAAAUCAAUCCAGAUUGCUUUUGGCCUUUUGGUUUAUCCUUCUCUUAUCAUAACUUACAUGGGUCAAACUGCAUUUAUAUCUAAAAACCUCAGGAUUCUGGAAUCUCAAGAUUUCCAUGCCAGUUUAUCCAUUCCUGGACCUGCACGUCAUACCCACACAGUGCUAUCUUUAUUUGCUUCAGUCGUAGGAAGCCAAGCAACCAUCACUGGUACUUUUUCGAUUAUAAAUCAGUGCCUGGCACUUGGUUGUUUUCCAAGAGUGAAAGUGGUCCACACCUCAGAAAAGAUUCAUGGGCAGGUCUACAUUCCAGAUGUUAACUGGAUAUUGAUGGUCCUCUGCCUCGGUAUUAUAGUUGGUUUUGGAGAUCUUAGACCUAUUGCAAGUGCAACUGGCCUGGCUAUAAUCACUGGUAUGCUGAUAACAACUUGUCUAAUGUCACUGGUAAUAACAUUGUACUGGGAAAGCAACAUUUUUCUAUCAGCAUGCUUUUUGAUCUUCUUCGGCUCCAUUGAAGUUAUAUAUCUUUCAGCUUGCAUGUUGAAUUUUCACAAGGGGGCAUGGUUUCUUAUCAUCUUUGUGGUGGUUUUGAUGAUAACAAUGCUAUCAUGGCACUAUGGCACCAUGAAGAAGUACGAUUUUGAUGUGCACAACAGGGUUUCACUGGAUUGGCUUACUGAACUGGGCCCAAAUCUUGGAGUUUCUCGAGUCCCUGGAAUUGGGUUUAUCUACACUGAUGUAUUGAGAGGGAUACCAGCCUUCUUCUCUCAUUUCGUUACGAAUCUUCCUGCAUAUCACCGGGUUCUUAUCUUUGUGUCCUUCAAAUCAGUGCCAGUGCCUUAUGUUUCGCAAGAUAGGCGGUAUCUUAUUGGCAGGUUUGGACCAAAGGAAUACAGGGUAUAUAGGUGUAUUGUAAGAUAUGGAUAUCGUGAUAGCAUUCGUGAGUCGGACUUUGAGGAUAAGCUUAUAAUGAGAAUUGGCGAAUUUGUUUCAGUAGAAGAUACUGAUCCCGAAGCGUUGACAUCGCCGGAAGGAAGAAUGAUUGUAAUUGGGAAUAUGGACCAGGGGGGAAAUGCCUUGAUUCUACACAAUGAUGCUAGUUUGACUGUGCGUUCAAUGAGCUCCAUGCAUGGUGAGUGUCUGACCACUCAAACGAGUCCCCCAUCACAGGUUCCUCUUCCUAUGGGAAGAAGAAAGAAAGUGAGGUUUCAAUUACCCCCUGAGAGCCCUGAAAUGUCGCAAUCCAUCCGGGAGGAGCUGCAAGAGCUGGUGGAUGCUAGGGAGUCUGGAAGCGCAUAUUUCUUGGGCCGAUCACAUUUGCAUGCACGCAAUGGAUCGAAUAUUCUGAAAACGCUCAUGAUCUCGGUGUACAUUUUUCUCGAUAAAAAUUGCAGAGAGCAUUCAGUGGCGCUGAACAUCCCAUAUGCUGCUCUUGUUGAGGUUGGUAUGGUCUGCUCUAUUUAAGUAGUUUGUUCACUUGUUGUAACAAUGUAUUCUUGAAAGGGUUCUUGCAUUGCGGUCUUUCUUUUUUAUUUCCUGUCUUCUCUUUUCUUAAAUGCUGAUGCUGCUUAUAUCGAAUACUGUUAUGGGAUUGUACCGUCAAUGAUAUAUGCAUUUUGUACAAAA